AAUACAUCGCGACAACCAGCGGUAUCAAAUAUCAUCAUAUUAAGCUACUAUACCAGAAUGGCUGAAUCUUCACUGACAAAUGGCCACGAUGCCCUUGAGGAGAAGCUCGGCCGAUUGUCAAAGAAACCUGGUGUUAAAGCCAGCAUCGUUCUUGACCGAACCACCGGCGCUAUCCUGAAAACCAGCGGACAAAUCGACGCUCUCCAGACCUCUAAGACGCGAACCACAUCGACUGCAACAUCAUUUUCCAAUGAAGGUCCUGCACUAGAGGAGAGCGAAACGAAAGGAGUCGAGCAAUUCGCCGCGAUUGUCUGGAACUAUGUGAAUAGCUCCGGAAGCUUGGUUCAGGAGCUGGAUGGUGAAGAUGAGCUGAAGCUUCUACGGUUACGAACAAGGAAGCAAGAACUGGUCAUUGUACCCGAUCCCAAGUAUUUACUUGUGGUUGUGCAUGACACGCCUCCAGCUUGAGCUACGAAACAUGCUUAUUUAAGUCUUACCAAUGCCUGGGCGUCCCAGAUCUCCCACUUA